AAAUCCGGAUUUGCCAACCAUCAACCGACUCUGUCGGCAACAUCUGCGUCAGCCUCAACCACCUCCGAAACCACCCCUCCUCCUCCUCGAACCCGUCCAGAUCAAACCCCCAAGGUCUGCACCCGGCGACAAUGUUGCCCUCAUCGGUGCGGCGCGUGGUUGCUUCGGCGCCGCAGUCCCCCCUCGUCGCCUCCCUCACCACCUCCGCUCCGAGAGCGGCUACGGCCACCAUCACCCUUCAGCAGAGACCCGUCGGUGGCCACCAGAGACGAUGGUCCUCCUCGAGCCCCUCGAACCCGAAUAACAACGGAUCCAAGGACAUUCCUGCCCAGGGCCAGUCCGUCCAUGCCUCGACAUCAUCGAGCUCCAGCAGCAGCAGCAAGUCUAACGGCGAGAAGCGGAAACGAAAGAGCAAGGACAGCGCCGAUAGGGAGGCUGCGCAGAAGCUGCCCAGCGUGCCCAGCACACAACAUCUUUCUCAAGAAGCUCUCGGCUUAUCAACCUUUUUCUCGCUGCACCGGCCGAUAUCUGUGACCCACAGCAUGCCCAAGUCAGUGACCGAAGAAGCCUUCGCCGCCAUCUUCAAGCCCCGGAGCAGGGCGAACAAGGUCACCGACGUCAUCUCAACACUAUCGCGGACGACCGACGACCUUGAGGGCGCCAUGGCCAAGAUGACCAUCGGUCACCAGGAGACGGAUGCGUCAGGCGAGCCCGUCCAGAAGAUCGACUUCAAGAACCCCGACGGCACCGAGUCGAGCGUCUACGUCCAGCUCAACUCCAUGGCCGGCCAGUUCGUCCCCUUCCGCCCUCCCCCGGCCCCCGAGGCCAUGGGUGAGACCUCCGACGCCGCAACCCACGCCGCGGCCGCCGAGUCCGCCGUCGAGGACCUUCUCGACGAGACCCCCCACCACCGCGUCUACAAGGCCAUGUUCACCAUCGAGGAGACCACCGACGCCGACGGCCAGGUCCAGGUCCUCGCCCACAGCCCCAAGAUCAUGCAGGACGGCGACGCGCCCCGCUCGUUCCUGGAGCGCAUGGCCCUGCGCCAGAUGAAGUUUGACGAGGCGCAAGGCCACGAUACCAUGCACGCCCUCAGCGUCAAGCGCCAACGCAAGCUCAAGAUGAAGAAGAAGAAGUACAAGAAGUUGAUGAAGCGCACGCGCAACCUGCGCCGCAAGCUGGACAGAAUCUAAGCUCGGAUUGGGGGGUGGUUGUUUGGUUGUAUAUAAACAAGCAAAGCCCGUCGGUCUCUUAUUUUCUCAUAUCCUUGUUUCUUUCUUUCGGACUGCUUCUCCCACUCGAGCAUAUCUGGGAAAGAUGCGGGGGCUUUCUCACUCAUAAUUGGUGUUCUCGGCCGGGGCAUCGCUGAUGGUUAUUUCAUCUCCUUUUCGCGUUGUGCACAUUUCUCGGACUUCAUAUAGAGAAGAGAGGGGACAGCUUUGCAUCAGAUAGCAAUCAUCCAACUGUUUGCAUCCAGAGCCAUUACUCAUGACCGUGCCGCGAAACUGAGAGAAAGACGCAAGAACCAGCAACGUGAGAGUUUAGGAGAGGGUCAGGAGGAAAGAAACAGAGAGAUCAUGUACAACAAAAGAGUGUAUUACUAGUUCCACCAAACGGAAAUAUUUCAAGGCCUGAACUUCCCCUUGAAAAGUCAUCUUACCA